UUCUGGCUAAACAGUAAACACUUAAUCCAAGAAAUUGGAUAUUAUCCAUAUCGGUUGAAACUCUGAAUGCUUAAACAACUUGGGCUGAUCUAAUGAUUAGUUCACUAGUUCGCUUAAGCAAGUAUCAGAGUUCAAAUCCCACAUUGUAGAUGUAGUAACCUAUUUUCGAUUUGCGACAGAUUAGUCCUAGGCUUGCCGGACGGAGGGAUAUCGUGAAUGCUUAACUUGGAUCUAUUCUUGUUAUUGAUCCUAUUUUUCCCCCAUUCACUCUGUUGUUGGUCUGCUGUUGCUUACUAAUUGAACAACCUGCAUUAUUCUAUGAGUAAGCAUCUUUAUGAAUGUUUGUUGUAUGUUGAAAGGAACUACUCAUUGAAAUUUUAUGUUCACUUUAUAGUAUGCUGCAUUUGAUCAUUUGUUAUAUGAUAAUAAAUUAAAAGGAAUAUAGCUGAAGUUAUUGACCUUCUGUUAUAUGUCACUUUCUGAUAAUAGAUUACUUAAACAAGCCCCUGCAUCUAGUUUGGCAACUCUAUGUUUCCAGUACUAUUUAUAGGAGCCAGGAAUUGAAGUCUUCUUUGUAGGCGUCUAUUCUUUUUCCUUUGUUUAUCUGUAAUUAUAUAGAAGAAAAUUAGAAUACAUUAUUUCCUAAUAAGUUUGUAGGCGAGCUUCCACUUUGAGGAGGAUAGUGAAGGCAUGAUCAAGCAGAUGAUUCUAAAGAGAAUAGGCAAAAUUUGGAAGGAUACAAGAGGAAAGUUGUUUCACCAAUUUUAUGAUGGAACAAAGACUUUGGAACAGAAUAUUGCCCAAUGCCCAGAAGGAAUAGAUCCAAGUAAUUGGAAAUGGUCCCUUGAAUACCGCAUGAGGGCUGAUACACAGAAAAAAUGCACUCACACAGGCGGUUCAAAAAGCUUAGCAAGGAACGAUUACAGGGGAGACGCAUUAGUCGAGGAGAGAUUUGGAAUAAGGUGCAUAAGAGAAAGGAUGUCUCUUAUAUCCAUAAUAAUGUGCAAACCACGCGUGAAACGAUUAUGAAUAUUGCGUGUUUAGAUGAUUCUUCUAGGGAACUACCACAAAAUGAUCCAAUUAUUCAAGCUCUUAAAAAAAAGAACACCCAGGUCAAGUUCAUGGUGUGGGUUUCGAGCCAUGUUCUACUCAACGCUCUGCUGGUCAAACUGCACAACAGUUGAGUCAUGGAGCUCAAAUAGAGCUGAAUUAGAGUGUACUUGUUGAACUACAGGCAACGAUGGCAGCAGAGAAGUUGAAACGGCAGGCCAUGGAAAAUAUUUUGAUAGCUGAGAGCUGUUAAAUGAUUUGAAUGAUUUGACUAAAUUUUUAUCUAACUACUCUCAGAUAUCAACUUCACGUAAAAUUGACUAUACCUAAGUUUUCACCGUUUUGAGAUACCUUAUUCAAGCAAGGAGAUGAAUU